AAAUAUAAAAGCUCUAAACUCGCUUCUAAAAUUCUGAUUAUGUAACGGCGUGUGUUAAAAGUAGUACCAUAAUGUCACACGUUUUGGCAAUUACCGCUAUUUUGUUUGUAAUUCUUGGAAUUUCAAGAUGCGAUGAGCAACAAUGCAAAGCUAACGAGGAUAAAGAUUGGUAUUUUGACAACAAUCUUUCUAACGGUCCUGACGGCUGGGGAGAAAAAUAUAAUGAUUGUCAGGGUACCAGUCAAUCUCCAAUUGAUAUCCAAACAGAUGAUGUGGAACCAAUAGAAGAUUCUGAAGGGCUACAAUUGAAAGAUUAUGAUGAACCAAUAACAAAAGUUAUGAUCGAGAAUAAAGGAUAUACUGUGAAAGUAACGCCUAAUGAUGACGUUGAGAGAUCAGUUACACUUGACGGUGUUCCUUAUAAUUUAGUUGCUUUCUUUUUCAAAUGGGGUAAUAAAUCAAUAAAUGAUGAUGAAGAGGCAACCAUUACUCCUGGUUCCGAUCAUAAAAUUGAUGGAAAACAAUAUGCUAUGGAAAUGCAGAUCGAGCAUGUGAAUGAAAAAGAAGAUAAGGUUAUUAUAGCAGUCCUUUUUGAUGAUACUGAAGACUCAAAUCCAACAAUCGAAGCCAUUCAGAGUCCAAUUGAAAAAUAUAAAUAUCUAGACGAUACCUACGACGGAGAUUUGGAAGAGGACUAUAGUACAUGUAUUAAACUUUCAGAUGUAGUUGAGAAUGGUUCUCCUUACUUUCAGUACAAUGGUUCUCUACCAUUACCUCCAUGUACUGAAAAUAUAAUAUGGUUGAUUCUUAAAAAUCCACAAACUGCUUCGACCGGUCAAAUAUCGAAAUUUCAAGAUUUGUACUCUGUUAAAGAAAGUGAUGCAACUGGAGAUGAGAAUAAUGCAUGUCACAUUGUUGACAAUUAUAGGCCAAUACAGGAAUUAAAUGAUAGGACUGUUUCUUCAGGAUGAAAAAGACAUGGAGUACAAUUAUUAAGAUUCAUUUAUUUACACAUUUCUUUGUUUUGAAUUUUAAUCUGCAGACAUGAAUGCGCAGGUUUCUGUACUUAUUCUCAUGUUAUUGUUAAUCAAUAAACAUUUUAAGAAGCAUAA